AUGAAUAACCCAAAGCCUAUAUAUCGUUGCCCAUUUUCAAAUAAAGUAACGCAGAAGUACAAUUUUCUUAAAGUAAGCCAAGAAUUAUUUAACAAAGAAAACAAUAUCUCGGCGUUCUCUCAACGUAGACCAACAGAAAUUUUGAAUAAGGAAAACUUUUCAAAUGAAUCAAAUAAAAGAAAAAAUGACGAAAAGAAAGAAGUUAACUUGAGAGACCUGAUUAUUAAUGCACCACGUCAAUGGGCUUUAAAAAAUUUUGAUAUUGGACAUUCUCUCGGAUCAGGUCAAUUUGGUCGUGUUUGGAUAGCUAGAGAAAAAAUCAGUGGAUAUAUAGUCGCUUUAAAAGUUAUGUCCAUACAAAAGUUAGCUUUACAUAAAAUUCAAACACAAUUAAGAAGAGAAGUUGAGAUUCAAACUAAUUUAAGGCAUCCAAAUAUUUUACGCCUAUUAGGUCACUUUUAUGAUGAAAAUUAUGUUGUACUUAUCCUUGAAUAUGCAGAAAAGGGAGAACUUUAUACACAUUUACAAAAAUGCGGUAGAUUUUCCGAGAGACGAGCAUCAAAGUAUUUUAGUCAGGUGACCGAUGCCUUAAGUUAUAUGCACAAGAAAAAUGUAAUUCACCGGGACAUCAAGCCAGAGAAUUUGUUAUUAGGGAUGAAAGAUGAAAUUAAGAUUGCAGAUUUUGGAUGGUCAGUACAUGCACCAAGUCACAAACGUAAAACUUUUUGUGGUACAUUGGAUUAUCUUGCACCAGAAAUGGUGAAUGACGAAAUUUAUGACGAAAAGGUUGAUCUUUGGACACUUGGUGUGUUAUGUUAUGAACUUUUAACUGGCGUACCUCCAUUCCAAACAUCAGGAGGGAGUACGGAAACUUACCGAAAAAUAGCAAAAGUUAAUUUCGAAUUUCCAGAACAUUUAUCAUAUGAAGCAAAAGAUUUAAUUAAUUCGUUGCUACAACGAGAUCCCAAAAGACGCAUACCUUUGAAAGAUGUGAUGACUCAUCCAUGGAUCGUCAAAAAUAGGGAAGCUUCUACAUCCAAAAUUUUGGAAAUAACAAAUAAAUUCUGA